GUUCAAUUAAAACCCAACUCGAACUACUUUCAUAGAACGCCCGUCAAUGACUUUCAUUGGUGUAAACCCAGUUGGCACUCAGUAGAAUCGCGGAAGAAUUUAUCACUAUCUUCUCUUUUAAAUACUCAGUUCUUAAACUAUCUUUCGAUGGGUUUCACAGCCGUUGUUCUGGCCCUCAAUAGAUUUUCCCACUAACUACCCCGCACGGUUUUCGCGCUCACUGCAAUUUUUCAUCAUAGUCGGGAGUGGACGCGGCCAUUUGUCAUGCUUAACCGACGACAUAGUACGUCUGGAAUAGUGAAUGAGAUUGAUUCUCUGCAGGCUGCUUUAGGUGAGGAGAGUCAAAACCUUCAACUCAGCCAGAACUUGAAUACAAUCGCACACAAUACCUUGGAGAGAGCAAGGCGAGCGUUACUCCACAAGUCGAAAUGUUUCGAUGAAUUAGAGAUAGAAUACAAGCUGGUGAAAAUGGAGAACGAACGGCUGCGUCGGAAAAUUGAUAACCUCCACAGAACUUUGGCAGCCACUGCUGGUUCCGCUGUUCAAAACUUGUCCUGCGACGUAGAUGAAGGCUCACAUGUGGAGAACACCGCGAAAGAUUUAACGACUUCCCAUGUUAAUCGCGACAAUCCAGCUGCAGGGAAUCACGAGAAAAUAACGAACAGCAUGCGGCCUAUCAAGAGGGAGCAACGAGACAGGCUGGUCUUGAAGUUUCCACCAACAGUCGAUUCUGUGGAGAUGUGCAUAACAGACGACUGUAUCCAAUCGGUGCAUGUAGAACCUAGGCUGGCUGAUCCACAAUACAUCUCGGCCCACCUUGAACCAGAAACGGACCAUGGAUCAGUCGCUGAAACAUCCCUCACUGUCGCCUCAGAUCAACAUAGACCAACAACAGAUUAUGCACAGGAUUCCGAAACCAUGGCUCCAGUUCUAUCACGGACUAGCGAAAAUAUUCCCCCAACUGCCGACAGUGUAUCAAUAGGAAAUGCAGGGAAAGGGGUUGAAGAUGCUGAUUUGAUCAACACGGUGAAAAAUUUGGAAGAAUGUCUUCGGCGGAAAGGUAAACGGCUCUCCAUCACCAAGCUCUUGAAAUGCUUACGUGACUCGCAAAGCGACGAGCCCGAAUCAAUUAGACCCUUCCACGCAGGCAAUGAACCACAACCAUCCUUGGACGAGAAACAAACUGCCGAAGAUAAGCAGAAACCGCGAGGGAAGCGGUCGGAGUACUUUUCCCUCACCGAGGAUGUUCGAUUCCCACCCCAGCGCCUCGUUCCCAUCGUGAACCGGCGGAAAUCCGGUAAACAGGCGACAGAAACAAAUGCCACAUCCGUCAGGUCUCGGCAGCCGCCAUCACACACUCCAGUAGACCGAUGCAUCAGCACGGAUUCAGCAUUUUCAACUCCACAGAAAGGAACGAUUCCGCCUGCCCUGAGACAGGCUCCGCCACGGGACCCAUUUACCAGCGAUGAAGAGGAGAAAGCGGGAGAGCCGGUGUCCAGCACUUCAUUCGUUAUCCUCCGCAAGAACUCGAGAAGCUCCAGAGAAUCCAAAUCUCAGCAAUGCUCAGUUAAUCUCAGCAGUAACUUUGUCGAGAAGGAAACUCAAACUAACUUGGAAGACUGCAAAUUGUCCAGGGUCAAACCUACGACAAAAAAUUCUUUUCGAUCGAGGGUUAAAUAAACUUCAAUUCCGCGCA